ACAACAAAUUGUAGUCAUUACAAAUACCUACGUAGGUUUCAGCAACCCUGUAACUAAGCGUUACAUUGAAGUGUCAGUUUAUUUCGUCGCGCUUAUAUUUUGGUUGUGUUUAGCCGCGGCUGAUCAGACUAGACCACAGCUGAUGUGUUUGUUUACUUCAAUUUCGAAUCACGUUUCAUUCGGUUUGGUGUGUUUUUUACUGUCUGUACAUUUGCGAAAACAAUAUCGCAUUCAUUGUUAAUAACCAUGGCUCCGACGAAGAAGAAGAAAAUGAUGUCUCUUGAAUUGAAGCGUGAAAUUAUAGAAAAAUAUGAGCAAGGUUUGCGGGUAACUGAUUUGGCGAGGAUGUACGGCCGCAGCACAUCAAUGAUAAGCACUAUGCUUAAAAGGAAGGAGUUGCUAAAGGCGAUAACGCCAACUAAGGGUGUUACAAUAAUUUCUAAGCUCCGGACCGCUUUCCAUGCAAAGAUGGAGAACCUACUGUUGGAGUGGAUGGCAGAGACACAGCUGGAAGGAGAAAUCCUAACCGAAAGCAUCAUAUGUGAGAAGGCACGAGCAAUUUACGGUGAUUUGCUGAAGCACACCACUUCCACAAACGAGGAAUCGGAAGACACGUUUAAAGCAAGUAAGGGCUGGUUUGUAAACUUUAGGAAAAGGAACGGCAUUCUUAUCAAGGCAGCUGAAGUGUGCAUCAAUCCGCUUCCCGAACUGAUCGAAACCAAAGAACACAUCCAUUAUCAGCCCCACGUUACAACGAGUAACUUAUCCCCUGCAUGGAAGGAGCUGUGGGUUAAGGCAGUUACAGGAAGGCCCCUCAUAGCAUCGGAACCCGAGGUGAUAGUGGUUGAGGAAAUUGUUUCUCUGGAAAAAUCCACAGGUCGCGAGAAGAAUGGGAGUGAUGUGAAGUACGAACUCAUCGAGGGUACCCGUCAAAAGCUGACAAUCGACCAGUUACACGACCGCCAUUCACAGCAGCAUCCGGAAGCUCGACGAAAAGAUAGUUUUAAAAAGGAACCAAAGAUGCAAGAGUAUCUUGACUCAGAAGAUGCCAAGGAGAUCUUGGGAAUGUGAGAGAAAAUUGUACAGUUUGUGGAUAACCCAGGAAAAGUUGCAACUAAUCGUUGAAUGGUGUUCUUCGGCGUAACUUUUCUAACUCAUUGCUGCAAUAACCUGAAAAGGAAGAAACUUCUGGGCAUAAACGAUUCUUCUUGUAUAAACGAUCUGCAAGUGAAAGUGAACAAAGCGUGGUGGAAAUUCGUUUGCUGCGUUUUUUUGUUUUGACUAUAUAUUUGUUAUCUAUGAAUAAAAGAUUCUACUUGUAAA